CUGUCUUGGGAGCUGUAAACGCCGAAUCGCCGCUCUGCCAGACCCGUGCAUGAACGCAUAAAUUCCGCGCUAGUCGGGCUCUCCCGCACCGUGCCCCGCUGCACUCCCCGCUGCACUGGACUGCUGACAGAUCCCGACUAAUCUCCCCGCAUGUUGCCUACGCACUCGACCGGUGCGCGGACAAAGGGCGCUCAAUUAGUCAUGCCGAUGGCAACUCGUCGGCAUCGCAGCGUCGUCAGUCGCCGUGGGAAUUGCGUUGCCAACAUGUGAUGGCUGCAUAAAUACUACCGCUUAGGAGUGCAUCGACAGCGCUGUCUGCAGAGCACUUGACAACGCCGUCUGCAGAGCCCUCAACAACGCAAGAGCUGGGGACUGUAUAAGGAGGACGGAAGCUGCACCUUCACCACACAUCGACACCGUCAGCAUGGCGUUCUCCAUAGCAAUGGGCUUCCACAAGGGCGAGGAGCAGAUGCACAAGCUCAUGCAGGUGCCCGUCGAAGACAACCCGUCGUCCGCCAUGCUCACCCCUCAGGCUUCAUAUAUGCUUCAGCGCGCUCCGCUGCUGGCAAUCGGGACCCUCGACGCGAAGGACUGGCCGUGGACGACGCUGUGGGGAGGAACGCCGGGCUUUUCCGAACCCCUUGGAGCGGGGUUCGUAGGCACCAAGACGCUGGUCGACAGCAAGUUCGAUCCCGUCGUGCAGGCGCUGGUCGGCAAUGCGGAGAAGGGACAGUUGCUGCAGCCGACAGACGGCGGGAAGAUGCUCUCGGCGCUGGCAAUCGACCUAGUCACCAGGAAGCGUGUGAAGAUCGCGGGCAAGAUGGCCGCUGGGACUGUGCGAGAAGUCGAUGUCAACGUCGAGGGCGACACCUCACUGCUCGAUGACGUGCCCAAAACACAAAACGAAAUCCAGCUCGUCACCAAGAUCGACGAGAGCCUUGGAAACUGCCCCAAGUACCUCAACCAGUACUCGCUCACGCCCGCGCUCGUCACGCCCGAACUCGUCCACGAGGGCCCCAGCCUCUCCCCCGAAGGCCGCGCGCUCAUCGACAGAGCAGACAUGUUCUUCCUCUCCACCGCCACCGACACCGACAUGGACACCAACCACCGCGGCGGCCCGCCGGGCUUCAUCCGCACCGUCUCGCCCUCGUGCAUCGUCUACCCGGAGUACUCGGGCAACCGCCUGUACCAGUCGCUGGGCAACCUGCUGCUCAACCCGCGCAUCGGCAUCACCAUCCCCGACUACGCCGCCGGCACCGUGCUCUACACAACCGGCACCGCCACCGUGCUCGCCGGCCCCGCCGCCCAGGCCCUGCUCCCCGGGUCCCCGCUCGUCGUCAAGAUUCAGCUCGAGCACACCCGCCUCGUCGCCCGCGGCCUGCCGUUCCGCGGCGCUCUCGCCCUGGACGGCUACUCGCCGUACAACCCGCGCCCGCGCCCGCUGGCGUCGGAGCGCACCAACGCGUCGGUAGUCGAGCAGCCCGACCACGCUGCGCCCGCCGCCCGGCUGCUAUCCAAAACCCGCCUCGCGCCGACAAUCACCCGCUACGAGUUCGCGGUCCAGGCCGCCCCGCCCGCGCCCGGCCAGUGGGCCGCGCUGAGCUUCGCCGCAGAGCUGGACGAGGGGUACUCGCACAUGCGGCCUGGGGAUCCGCGGGCGCUGAACGAUGACUUUGUGCGCACGUUUACUGUGUCGGCGGCGCCGUCGUUCUCCGCCUCCUCUUCCACCUCCGUCUGCGCCUCUGACGUCUCCGACGCCCGGCUACACAAAGACGAAACACCAUUCACCAUCACCCUCCGCACCUCCGGCCGCAUAACCCGCUACCUAACCACCGUCUCCCCCUCCUCGCCCCCCGCCAUCGCCCUCCGCGGCUUCGGCGGCUCGUUCCACAUCGCCCCAGAAGCAGGCCUCACGCCCUUCAUCGCAGGCGGCGUCGGCAUCACCCCGCUCCUCGCCUUCCUACCCGCUCUCACACUGACACCGCAGACCUUCCAUCUCUUCUGGGCGCUGCGCGCGGACGACGCGGGCUUCGCACUCGACACAUUCGCACGGCACCCGCGUCUCGCGCACGUCACAGACAUAUUCGUCUCCGGGACUCCUGGGCCAGGGGACGAGGACGCGUGGACCGAGGUCGCGGGCUUGGGGGCUAGGGUGUGGUUCCGCCGCAUGCGGGGGGCGGAUGUGGAAGGUGUGCAGGCGGGGAGGUGGUAUUUGUGCGCUGGGGGGGGGUUGAGGAGGGAGGCGGGGGGGUGGUUGGAGGGGCGGGAGGUGGUGGUUGAGGAUUUUGGGUUUUAGGUUGCGUUGUCUCAACGCUUUUCUGGCGCUGGGGGUUGCGUGGUCUGGGUCUGCGCGGGGGUGUCGGUUCGCGGGUUUUGUGGCGCGCGGGAUGGUGAUGUCAGUUAAAUUGUAGUCGUUGUUUAAACGCUUGCUGUACUAUCUAUCCUUGCUUUGAUUUAGUUCGAUGGUGACGUGCUCAGGAUCUUGCUCUCUUCUCCCUGACGUCGUUCGCGUGGGACGGCGGGAGUAGCAGCAGGAUCUUCAGUACCGAAUCAAAGUCAGAUAGCUCGAUAUAGAUGAGACAAGUAACUGCGAUAGACAAUUCAAACCCUACAGGC